ACAAGAAACAAACGCUUGACUUCUUGACAUUAUCUAUUUACUUAUUCUGUCUGCCAUCCUCUCUUAUUUAAUUUUCUCCUCUCACUCAAGAGUCUCUCUUUCUUGCUCUCAUGGAACAGAUACAACACAGAAAUGUGGAAGUAAGAGGACUAAAGCUUCAUGUAGCGGAAAUUGGACACGGUCCGAAAGUGGUGCUUUUCUUGCAUGGGUUUCCAGAAAUAUGGUACACAUGGAGGCAUCAAAUGCUUGCUGUGGCAAACAAAGGGUACAGGGCAAUAGCCAUUGAUUUCAGGGGCUAUGGACUUUCGGAGCAGCCAGCUGAACCCGAAAAGGGAACCUUCAAAGACCUCGCUGAUGAUGUUGUUGCCCUUUUGGAUUCUUUGGGGAUUAACAAGACUUUUCUUGUUGGGAAGGAUUUCGGAGCUCUGCCUGCAUACCUAGUACCUGCUCUCUACCCAGAGCGGGUAUCUGGCAUCAUAACACUAGGUAUUCCUUUCAUUCAACCAGGUCUCUCUGGUGUCCAAAAUCAUCUAUUCCCCGAUGGCUUCUACAUAACAAGGUGGCAGGAACCAGGGCGAGCAGAAGCAGAUUUUGGCCGCUUUGAUGUUAAUACUGUGAUAAGGAACAUCUACAUUCUCUUCUCCAGAAGUGAGGUCCCAGUAGCAGCUGCUGAUCAAGAAAUCAUGGACUUGUUUGACCCUGCAACUCCUCUACCACCAUGGUUCUCCGAGGAUGAUCUUGCAGUCUAUUCAUCUUUAUAUGAGAAAUCUGGAUUCCGUUUUCCAUUGCAAGUUCCAUACAGAACUUCAGCACUGGAUUACGGUUCAACUGAUCCAAAAAUCUCAUCUCCGUCACUGCUUAUCAUGGGUGAGAAGGACUACUUCUUAAAAUUUCCGGGGAUGGAGGACUACAUACGGAAUGGAACAGCAAUGAAGCAUUUUGUGCCUGAUUUGGACAUUAUAUUCGUCGCUGAAGGAAACCACUUUGUGCACGAGCAAUUGCCGGAUCAAGUCAAUCAGCUAAUUCUCAGUUUCCUUGACAAACAUGGUAUCUAACAUCGAUACUCUCAGUGUGGCUAAGGACAAUAUAAUAUAGGAGAGGAAAUAAUAUACCGUAUAUGGCAUAUGCUAAAAAGGCUGGGCCUUACAUUACAUAUUGGGGAAUAAAGAAAUUCAUGCCCCUAUUGUGUUAGCUUCUCAAUCUGGAAAUGUAUUUAUGACCUUCAAUGUCCACUAUUCAACUGCUUAUGAUGGACAUAUGAGGUCCAUCCAAAUAAGGAUUCUCUACUUAUA